AUGGCAACAGCUUCAAACGACGCCGACAAACUUUCACUUGGUUUGGAUGAUAUCAUACGUUUGGAUCGAACAAGUGGACCAAGACGGCGAGGUGGAGCAUCGGGUGGCAAUCGUGGCUUUCGUGGUGGAUUUAGAGGACGCGGUGGAUUUAAUCGUGGAUCAUUUAAUGGAUUUAGAAGAGGAUCAGGAAUGCAACGAUCGAGUGGCACACCUCAAGGUCGCUGGCAACAUGAUUUAUAUGAAGAAAAUGAAUCUUACAAUAAAGUUCGUCCUCAACGACAAUCCGGUGGUGCAAACGUAACAGCCAAAUUGCUUAUAUCGAAUCUUGACUAUGGAGUAACAACAAAUGACAUACAAGAAUUAUUUGAAGAUGUGGGUCCCAUCAGAACAGCUCGAGUACAAUAUGACAAAAGUGGAAGAUCACUAGGAACAGCUGAGGUGGUAUUUGAAAGACGACCAGAUGCAAUCACGGCACAGCAAAAAUAUAACACAUUAAACCUAGAUGGUCGCCCAAUGGAUAUUCGUCUUGUGGGAUUUGAAGAUAAUCUAAAUUCCAAACCUCAACAAAAUCGAAAUUCUUCUUAUAAUAAUGGAACUGAUUCAACACAAUCUUAUCGAAGAGGAGGUGGAAAUCGUACAGGCAAUAACGGUAAUUCAAAUGGAUUUGGUCGUGUUAUGCGUCGAACAAAUGCGCAAAAUGGUGGAGGUGGAGGACGUGGACGACAACAAAAUGGAGUAGCUCAACGAAAUAAUAACAAUGAUCAGUCAUCAGGAAUAACAGCCGAAGAUUUAGAUGCCGAUUUAGAUGCCUACCGUCAAGAAAAUAAAAAGAAAUAA